GCACAGCAAUGGAGACCUUGAAUGUCCCAUUCACAGAUCUCACUGAAGAACAGCGAGACAUUUUCCAGAGGGUUUUUACUGCUGAUGCCAAUUAUUUGAAGAAUCAUGAGAAAAUGAACCAGUCCUUCUGGGAAUCACUUGUAAAGUGUUUAGCCACCACUGACCCACCUAUCCUGAAUACUGAAGAAAAGGACCAUCUCCUCAACAGCUGCAAUGUCCUGCCUGGAGGCUGUGCAGCCUGCCUGAAAGCCAUAGAAAAGAAAGGAGUCAGGGCAAUGGCUGUUCUUUACCUCUUGCUGAAGACAACCAACCUGUCUGGAUAUAGGCAGCUGCCCAGCUCCAAGGGAAAGGAUGAAAAAUUGAAACUCCUGAAGAGAUUGGAGAGGAAUCUCAUGCUUUCACAAGGGGAAAAAAAGGCUGAAAACUCACCCCAUGAGUCCAUGGAUGAAGAUACACAAGAUGAAUUCUUUCAUUUUGUCAUUCUUUGCUUUGCAAUUGGAGCUUUACUAAUUUGCUACUACUAUUACAAAGAUUGGACUAUUUCUCUUGGAACUGGUUUAAUCACUUUUGCUUCCCUGGAAACCACUGGGAUAUACUUUGGUCUAGUGUAUCGAAUUCGGAGCGUACUUGACAGUUUUAUUCCUCUGAUUGACAAAUUGAGGCCAACAGGCAGGAUGAAAACUGCCUAA